AUGGCCCGGUGCGUGACCAGGGUGGAGCUGUCGGUGUCCUGCCGGAGCCUCCUCGACCGGGACGUGGGCUCCAGGUCGGACCCCCUCUGCGUGCUGCUGCAGGAGGUGGGCGGUGGGCAGUGGGCCGAGCUAGAUCGCACGGAGAAGAUCAAGAACUGCCAAAACCCUGAAUUCUGCAAGAAACUGGUUGUAGAUUACUACUUCGAGAAGGUGCAGAAGCUGAAAUUUGGCGUGUAUGAUAUUGAUAACAAGUCCUUUGAUUUGAAUGACGAUGACUACCUUGGAGGGAUCGAGUGCACUCUGGGACAGGUUGUGUCCAGUGCGGUGUUCACUCGGCCGCUGGAACUGAAGCAGGGGAAGCCAGCAGGAAAGGGCACCAUUACUAUUUCAGCAGAGGAGGUUAAAGAUACCAGGCUUGUGUACUUGGAAAUUGAAGCACAAAACUUGGACAAAAAGGAUUUCUUAGGUAAAUCAGAUCCGUUUUUGGAGUUUUACAAGCAGAGUGAUGCUGGAACAUGGCAGCUGGUGUACAGAUCAGAGGUGAUUAAGAACAACUUAAAUCCAUGCUGGAGAAAGUUCAGUGUUCCCUUGCAGACAUUCUGUGGUGGAGACUUUAAUAAAAAUAUCAAGGUGCAGUGUGCAGAUCACGACAGCGAUGGGUCGCAUGACUUGAUAGGCACUUUUGAAACCAACUUGGCUCAGCUGCAGAAAGCAGGUGACGGCUGUCCGGUGGAGUUUGAAUGUGUUCAUCCUGAGAAAAAGCAGAAGAAAAAUAGCUACAAAAACUCUGGCAUUAUUAGGAUAAAAUCCUGUAAGAUCGAGACAGAAUAUUCAUUUCUGGACUAUGUCAUGGGAGGCUGCCAGAUUAACUUUACAGUGGGGAUAGACUUCACUGGCUCCAACGGAGAUCCCAGGUCACCAGAUUCUCUUCACUACAUCAGCCCAGACGGGGUAAAUGAGUACCUCACUGCCAUCUGGAGUGUGGGAAGUGUAGUCCAGGAUUAUGACACGGACAAGCUGUUUCCUGCAUUUGGGUUUGGAGCUCAGGUUCCCCCUACCUGGCAGGUGUCUCACGAGUUUGCUUUGAACUUCAACCCCAGCAACCCUUACUGUCAAGGGAUUCAGGGGAUAGUGGAUGCCUACCGCCAGAUCCUGCCUCAGAUCCAGCUCUAUGGGCCAACCAAUUUCUCUCCUAUUAUAAACCAUGUGGCAAGGUUUGCAGCACACUCAGCACAACAAGGAACUGCUUCACAAUAUUUUAUCUUGCUCAUCAUCACAGAUGGAGAGAUCACUGAUCUGGACCAAACUAGGCAAGCAAUUGUUAAUGCCUCCAAGCUGCCAAUGUCCAUCAUUAUUGUUGGAGUUGGUGAAGCUGAUUUCAAAGCAAUGGAGUUCCUUGAUGGAGACAAUGGUGUCCUGAAGUCCCUGACAGGAGAGCCAGCUGCACGAGAUAUUGUCCAGUUUGUUCCUUUCCGACUGUUCAAGAAUGCUCCCAGGGAAGCACUUUCCCAGAUGGUUCUGGCUGAAGUGCCUAAGCAGCUGGUGUCAUAUUAUAAGUGGCAGGGAUGGCCCCCUGUGAAACUGCCGGAAGGAAAGAAGAUGCAGCUUGUAGCCUGAGUCCUGGCCAGCGGUGUCGCUGGGGUGAGGAGAGCUGUCUGCACCCACACGCUCCACUGCACGCUGCUGAUGCUCAGUGUGUCUGGAUUGUACCCUUCACACCGAUUCUCAUACCUGCUUGUGCUCUGUAUCUUUGAUCUUUCCUGUUCUUAGCUGGAAGAAAUGU